AUGUAUGUUUGUUGCAGGGAGGCGCUGCCCAACGGCACGCUGGUGCUGAGCGCGUUCAGUGCGGCGCAGUACCGAGGCGACGUGCACGCCGCGCUGUACCGCUGCCGCGCCGCCGGCUCUCUCGGCACUGUGCUCUCCCGCGACAUGCGCCUGCAAGCAGUGAUGGACAUAGCGUGGGAGUUGAACGUGCAGGCUACGCCGGGCGUGACGGGCGGCGCGGCGCUGCUCACUUGCGCGCCCUCGUCGGCCGUGCGCGCCCACGUCCUCCACACCACAUGGUACAAAGAUGGCCUCGCGCUCGCUCCUAUGGCUUCUGACACCGUUCUAAUUUGUAGAAGACCACCCGAUGAGGUGAGCCGGAACUUUGCGUCCACAUGUCAAUUGUACCAUUGGAUACCCGUAGGUCGCUACGUGGUGGGCGGCAGUCGCGGCGAUGUGUUGGUGGUGCGCGACGCCCGGCCCGACGACACCAGCGCCUACUCGUGCGAGGCGCAACACGCGCUUACCGGCGAGAAGCGGCGCAGUCCCCCUGCCAUGCUCGCUGUCUCUCAUUCGACGGGCAGCAUGGCGCCGCGCAUGCUGACGAUAUCGGAGGACGAGACGGUGACGCAGGGCGGCGACAUCAGGCUCGUCUGCUGCGCCAUCGGCAGCCCGCCGCCAACCUACAGUUGGUUCCGGCAUGUGAACGGACGGCUGAGCCCGGUGUCGGCCAGCGUGCGGGUGUCGGUGGCGCAGCAGGUGCUGGUGAUACGGCGCGCGCAGCCGGCGGACGCGGGCGUGUGGACGUGUCGCGCGCACAACCAGUUCGGCGAGCAGCGCCGCGACGCUACCCUCAGGGUGCGGUCGCGCCUCGUCGUCACCGUACACCCUCAGCUGCAGGUGGCAAAUUCUGGAAGUUCAGUGGUGUUCAACUGUACGGUGGAGGGCGGCGGCGGCGAUGCGCGCGUGCGCUGGCUGCACGACGGCGUGCCGGUGGGCGGAGCCGAGCGCACGCUGCGCGUGCACGGUGUUGCGCGCGCGCACCGCGGCAUGUACCAGUGUUUCGCGGAGCGCGACCUCGAUAGCGCGCAGGCAGCUGCCGAGCUGCGCCUGGGUGACACGGCGCCGGAGCUACACUACACAUUCAUAGAGCAGGCGCUGCACCCGGGGCCCGCGCUGGCGUUGCACUGCGCCGCCUCGGGUGCGCCGCCACCGCGCUUUACCUGGCUGCUCGACGGACAGCCCAUAGAGGAACUCAACACCCCCCAGAGGAGCAUCAGCCAGUUCAUGAGGCCGAACGGGGACGUGGUGAGCUACCUGAACAUAACGUCUGUGCGCGCGGCGGACGGAGGCCGUUAUACCUGCCGCGCGCACAAUUCGCGUGGCGCCGCAGAGCAUUCCACUAGGCUCAAUGUUUACGGGGCGCCGUCAAUCCGCAGCAUCGGGCCGCUGCGCGUCGUGGCUGGCGUCAACGCGACUGUCUACUGCCCCUACUCCGGAUUUCCAAUCAGCGAGAUCCGGUGGCAGCGCGGGGGAGACGGUGCCGGCGGAGAGUUGGGCGGCGGACGCGCGACUGGUGCGGGGGGUGCGCUGCGCCUGUGGCCGGCCGAGCCCUCCGACGCCGGUCUCUACUCCUGCCGGGUCACCGCGCCCUCUGGACACUAUGCGCAAAAGGACGUGCAGAUCUUCGUUAGAAAUCCUCCUAAGAUAGCGGGCUUCUCGUUCCCGGCGGACCUGGUGGAGGGCAGUUCGGUGCAGGUGUUGUGCGGCAUCACGUCCGGGGACAAACCCGUCUACUUUUCCUGGCUCAAGGACGGGCAGCACAUACCUUCCAACUUGCAGGUACAAGAGAAGUCCCUGGACGAGUUUAGCUUUCUGAUAUUCUCGCACGUGACGUCACAGCACAGCGGUGAAUACACGUGCGUAGCCACCAACACCGCCGCCGAGGUCAAUCACACGGCGCGUCUGGCUGUUAAAGUCGCUCCAUCAUGGGUGUUCGAGCCUCAAGAUGCAUCAGUCCUGUUGGGCACUCAAAUCAUUGUGCAUUGCUCCACCAAGGGCUAUCCUGAGCCACAGAUUGCAUGGCUGAAGGCCCAAGGCGGCGGCGAGUUCCGCCCGCUGUCGCAGCUGGAGCCGGCGCCGCUGCUCGUGCUGCGCAACGGCUCUCUAAGCGCGGCGACGGCAGCGCGCGCGCACGAGGGCCGCUACAUAUGCAGCAAGGGAUAUAUUUGA